UAGGCUGUUCCCAGGGAAAGCAGCACGUCUCCUCCACCCGCCUUCCAAGAGCAAUGGAUCUCAAAGUGACCUGUGUGCUUUCUGUUGUUCUCAUCAUAGCCCUCAGCACCUUGGCAGGUGCUGUACCAACAAGAUGCCAGUGUAAAAUGGAGCCCAAGGAGCGGAGCAACUGUGGCUACCCAGGAAUCACAGCAGAGCAAUGCAGAAAAGCUGGGUGCUGCUUCAACUCUUCAGUCCCUGGCGUUCCCUGGUGCUUUUCUCCUAAAGCAAAGAAAGUUAGGAAAGUAUGUCCCGCUGAUUCUCGCGCCAGGAUAAACUGCGGCUUCCCUGGCAUCACGGCGAAGGAGUGCGAAAAGAAGGGGUGCUGCUUCAGGUCACAUCCCGCUGGUGUCCCCUGGUGCUUCUACCACCGCGUGGUGGAGGAAGAUCUCUCUGCUGGGACUGUGGCAGCGAAGCAGGUGGAGGUCAAUGGUCUUGCUGAGAUUCACAGCAUUCUGGGGCUGUAUUUGGCUUUGCAAGAAAAACUAUGA